AUGAUUCUUGGUUUUUGGGAAUCGACAAUCGCUAGUAGUGUAUUUUUUCCAUUGGUCCUUCGUAUUUAUCAAAGCAUAAUUGAUUCAUUUGUUGCUAUUGAUAGAAAUCAAACAGGCUUUGAAACAACAGGAAAUGUUGGAUUAGGCUGUCGUAAUAAAACAUCAUACCUGGAUGCUAAUCUCUCACCUUAUGAUAAUAUAAUGUCGGCCAUUAAAUGGUAUGCAGUAUACGGUAGCUGUUGUUUUGCUCUUUUAUGGAUUGCUUUUAACUGUUGGAUUAUAUCAGCGGAACGUCAAGUUCGUAAGAUAAGAUAUGCAUUAAUUAAAAAUAUUAUGCGACAAGAUAUUGGUUGGUUUGAUCGUCGAUUGUCAAGCGAUCUUUCUGCUGGUCUACUCGUCGAUGAUUUGGAUAAUAUACGCGAAGGAAUUGGUUACCAAGUCGCUGAUUGCACAGCUCUUCUUGCUCGUGUCAUUGCGUGUUUGGGAUAUUCAAUAUGGACUGGCUGGAAACUUACCUUAGUUUUCUUAAGCGUUUCUCCUCUGAUUAUUAUCACAUUUAAUAUUACAUUUGCUGUUAUGAAAAAGUUUACAAUACUCGAGGGCACUGCUUAUACGAAAGCAAAUGCAAUUGUCGAUGAAGUUCUCUCAGCUAUUCGUACAGUAACCGCUUUUGGAGGUCAAAAGCAUGAACGUACUAGAUACCAACAAAGUUUAACAGAUGCAAAGAAUGCCGGUUUAAAAAAAGGUCUUCUUCUUGGUAUUAGUCAAGCAUUUGUCAGCAUCGCUUUGUAUGGUGCAAUUGCUCUCAUAUUUUGGUAUGGACCUUAUUUGGCACGCGUAGAAUGUUCGAAUUACGAUGCUGGUGUUGUCAUGAUUAUUUUCACCACAUGUCUCUUUGCAACAAAUAACAUAUCAUUGUUCAUUCCAUAUUUACUUGCUUUUAUUGAAGCUGCCGUUUCAGGAGCAAAAGUAUUUGCCGUUAUUGAUCAGAAAUCGUCAAUUGAUUAUACCAAUCGUAUGGGACAUCAACCAGAAGUAGUUCGAGGUGAUAUUGAACUUCGUAAUGUUACAUUUAAUUAUCCAUCAAGAAAAGAAAAACAACCGAUCCUGAAUAAUUUGAGCAUUCGUUUUCCUGCGGGCAAGACAACGGCAAUUGUUGGUGAAACUGGUUGUGGCAAAAGUACAAUUAUUCAUCUAGUACAACGUUUUUAUGAUCCGGAAGAAGGACAGGUUCUACUCGAUAAUAAUGAUAUUCGUCAUUUAAAUCUAUCUUGGCUUCGAUCAAAUAUGUCUGUGGUUUCUCAAGAACCCGUUCUUUUUAAUGAUACGAUUGCUGAAAAUAUUCGCUUUGGUCAUGAGACAGCGAGUGACGAAGAGAUUAAAGCGGCUGCAAAAAUAGCUAAUAUUCACAACUUCAUCAUCAAGGAGUUACCGAAUGGUUAUAAUACAUUAGUUCAAGGAUCACAUUUGGCAGGAGGACAAAAACAAAGAAUUGCUAUUGCACGAGCAGUAUUAUCGAAUCCAAAGAUCUUGCUUUUAGAUGAAGCAACAUCUGCAUUAGAUGCAAAGAAUGAAAGUGAAGUACAAAUUGGUCUUGAACGAGCUUCUCAAGGUCGAACAACAAUUGUUGUUGCUCAUCGAUUGACAACAAUUCGAAAAGCACAUCAUAUUAUCGGUCUCAAUGCAGGUCAAAUCGACGAACAAGGUACUCAUGAAGAGUUAAUGAGACUCAAUGGACGUUAUGCACAAGCAGUUAAACUUCAAAGAAUAAUGGAUCCACAUGAUGAGAAUGAUGAAGACGAAGAUAACGAUUGUGAAAAUGGAAACAAUCAUGCUUCCGGUAUGUUACAUAACUUGACUUUAGAAAAGAAUUAUUUUACUAAUUAUUGA